AUGGGCAAAAUAGAAAAUUUCCCGUCGUUCGAGUUUUCGGUUAUAGCACCACCGUUUGGAAGAGUUCGUUGGAUCUGUGAUACCGGCGAAUCGACGUAUCUCGCCGGAUCUCUAGGUUCGGCGUCGAUGGUGUUCCAUGGCGUAGGUCUCCGCCGUGCUCUGGAGCUAGCAUUCUGUAUCGCUGGUAUUUGGUCGGCUUAUAUAUAUCAAGGCGUUCUUCAAGAGACCGUGUCUACUAAGAGAUUUGGCCUUGAGAAGGAGAGGUUUGAACAUUUGGCAUUCUUAAACCUGGCACAAAGUGCUGUUUGUCUACAAUGGUCCUUCGUUAUGAUAAAGCUUUGGGGCAAGGGUAAAGGUGUUCGUGCUCCAUGGUGGAGUUAUUGGAGUGCUGGAAUUACAAACACAAUUGGCCCUGCAAUGGGGAUUGAAGCUCUAAAAUACAUCAGUUAUCCUGCUCAGGUCCUUGCAAAAUCUUCCAAAAUGAUUCCAGUGAUGUUGAUGGGAUCCCUCGUUUAUGGUAUUCGAUACACUUUUCAGGAGUAUCUUUGCAGCCUCCUUGUUGCUGGUGGUGUGUCAAUCUUUGCAUUGGCAAAGACUAGCUCAAAAACCAUAAAUAAACUUGCUAAUCCAAAUGCUCCACUUGGAUAUGGACUUUGCUUUCUCAACUUGGUGUUUGAUGGUUUCACAAAUGCGACACAAGAUUCAAUUUCCGCAAGGUACCCAAAAACAAAUGCAUGGGACAUGAUGUUAGGAAUGAACUUAUGGGGAACAGUAUACAACACGGUUUUCAUGUUUGGUUGGCCUGAAGCGAGUGGAUAUGAAGCGGUUCAAUUUUGCAAACACAACCCUGAAGCAGCGUGGGAUAUUUUAUACUACUGCUUAUGUGGCGCGAUUGGUCAAAAUUUUAUAUUUUUUACGAUUAGUCGUUUUGGUUCGUUAACUAACACCACUAUUACCACAACUCGCAAAUUUGUGAGUAUUGUGGUUUCGUCUGUGCUUAGUGGCAACCCUUUAUCUCGAAAGCAAUGGGGGAGUGUUGCUAUGAUCGGCACACUACAAUCCCCACCUUCCCCACAACCCAAAUCCACCAUUUUUAACCAAAUUUACACACUGACACACAGCAUCAAUCUUUCAUCGUCUGCAAGCUGA